UGCCUCCCUUCUUAAAACGACUUCGGUUUUAUAAUUCGUAUUCCUAUCCAGGAGGGUUCUCCCCCUUGAGGCUUUCUUAAUCUUCCUCACCCGAUGAGCUUAACAAUUCAUUCUAAGGUUUCCCCAGAUCUUGGGAACAGGUGCGGAGCUUGGAAAGGCGCGGCUGCUUUGGUGAGUGGUGUGGAGGGUGGAAGCCCGUGUCCGGGUGGCCCCUUCCUCCUACCAGCCCAGGCCCUUGCCCUUGGGGCCUCCGCUAACUGCUUCUCUAUGACGGGUGGUGGUUUGGGAACGGGGGUGAAAAUCUGCCCCGACUGGCUAGUCUUGCCGAUUCGGUGUCUUCUGCUACGGAAAGGUCUAGAAUCCAGCUGCACACACUAGCAUCCUACUGGCUGGCCCCAGAUGUCUGAUCCUAAGAGGGUCACAGGGUCCCAGCCACCCACCCCGCCUGACAGUGGAGGUACGGAGCUGAGGUCCCCCAGCCACCCCCCGCAGUGUGGCCCAGCUUGAGACCAGGAGCCCGGGUUGGAACAAGGCCUGCCUCCUCAGUGGCUGCGUGACCCCUGCUCUUGCUUUGCGCUCGAAGGUACCCAAUCUGGCAGAGUCCUGUCCCGGGGCCCACUGAGUGUCCCUCUCGACGGCGCGCUCCUAGAGGGCAGAGCUGGUGUCCCAUGCGUGCGUGUCCCCAGCACCCAGCCCCGGGGGCUGACAGAAAAGCUGCCUGGGGAGACAUUCAGUGGUUGACCAGAAGGACAGCACGACAGACAACAGCUGGGAGUCUUGGGUCCACAUCACCCAGGCCACCUGCCAAGGAAAACUGGAACCUGCAGCCAGCCCCACACCCACUUGUCCUGUUUCCUUUCUUUACAAAACAGGAUCACGCUGUACAUGCUCAUUAGCCUGUUUUUGUUUUGUUUUGUUUUCCCCUCACUUAAUAUGGGAUGAGAACUUGCCAACAUCAUGACGUUUUUUGAAAAUACGGUUGAUAAAUGAAUACUGUUCUGUCUCUGGAUUUGCCGCACUGGGCUCGCACCACCCCCUUCCUUUUGGGAGGUAAUUCGCCUACCAUCGUCACUGUCAAAUGGAAUCUCAGUAAGCAUCCUGGCAGCUGAAUGGUUCCCAGGGAAUGUGGUCCUGUCGUCAUUACGCUCCUGUCGUGAGUGUCCUUUAGACCGACUGACAGGUCAUCGCUGCUGACAGGAGAGUCCGGUGGGGUUUUUAUUGGACCACCUCACGGAGCAUGGGGUAGCCUGUGUGGCCUUUCAAGUGAUCCCCUCGGGGUUUCACGGCGUCCAGCGGCGUCUCCAUCGAGUGGCGACUGUCUGCCUCCAGAACAGAUGCGGUGCGCCACCCAGGCUCCCGUCCGGGGCCCAAGCGCUCACUGACCCGGCGCUGGGGGCGUCGGUGGCCGACCCUCUCGGGCAGUUCUGCAGAUGAAGGCACCGUCUCACCGCGGCCCUGCUUCCUUCCCUGUGGCUGCAUACACGCAAGGGCUGGUCCACACGGGGUGACCCCAGAGCCCCCCGCGGGACUGCCCGGCCUGGAGACUGUGACCACACCGGCUUCUCCCUGACCAGUCCUGCUCCCUUCCCUCCCCGCCGGUGUUGACCUGGAGACCGCUUCCCAGUAAACGUCUCGCAGGCGAACCUUCGUCGCAGAGUCUGCGUCCCGGGGAUGGUGGCCUGUGACCAUCUGUCCCAUCAUUCAGACCUUGUGGCCUCCUUUUACUCGAGCUUCCGGAACUUCCCAAUGUUAUUUACUUUUUCAUUUAUAUUUUGUUUUUUUAAUUUACAUCCAAAUUAGUUAGCAUAUGGUGCAACAAUGGUUUCAGGAGUGGAUUCCUUAGUGCCCCUCCCCCAUUGAGCCCCUCCCCCUCCCACAAUCCCUCCUGUAACCCUCAGUUUGGUCUCCAUAUUUAUGAGUCUCUUCUGUUUUGUCCCCCUCCCUGUUUUUAUAUUAGUUUUGUUUCCCUUUCUUUAUGUUCAUCUGUUUUGUCUCUUAAAGUCCUCAUAUAAAUGAAGUCAUGAUUUUUGUCUUUCUCUGACUCAUUUCACUUAGCAUAAUACCCUCCGCUUCCAGCCACAUAGUUGCAAAUGGCAAGAUUUCAUUCUUUUUGAUCGCCGAGUAAUACUCCAUUGUGUAUAUGUAUCACAUCUUUAUCCACUCAUCCAUCGAUGGACAUUUGGGCUCUUUCCAUCCUUUGGCUCUUGUGGAUCGUGCUGCUAUAAACACGGGGGUGCCUGUGUGCCUUCGAAACAGCACCCCUGUAUCCCGUGGAUAACUGCCUAGUAGCGCGAUUGCUGGGUCGUAGGGUAGUUCUAUUUUUAAUUUUUGAGAACCUCCACACUGUUUUCCAGAGCGGCUGCACCAGUUUGCAUUCCCACCAGCAGUGGGAAAAGGGUUCCUCUUUCUCUGCAUCCUCGCCAUCAUCUGUUGUUGCCCGAGUUGUUAGUUUUAGCCAUUCUGACGGGUGUGAGUGGUAUCUCACUGUGGCUUUGAUUUGCAUUUCCCUGAUGAUGAGUGGUGCUGAGCAUCUUUUCACGUGUCGGUUGGCCAUCUGGAUGUCUUCCUGGGGAAGGUGUCUAUUCAUGUCUUUUGCCCAUUUCUUCACUGGAUUAUUUGUUUCUUGGGUGUUGAGUUUGAUAAGUUCUUUGUAGAUUUUGGAUGCUAACCCUUUAUCUGACGUGUCAUUUGCAAAUACCUUCUCCCAUUCCGUGAGUUGCCUUGUAGUUUUGCUGAUUGUUUCCUUCACCGUGCAGAAGAAGCUUUUUAUUUCGAUGAGGUCCCAACAGUUCAUUUUUGCUUUUGUUUCCCUUGCCUCCGGAGACGUGUUGAGUAGGAAGUUGCUGCGACCAAGGUCAAAGAGGCUUUUGCCUGCUUUGUCCUCGAGGAUGUUGAUGGUGUCCUGUCUUACGUUUAGGUCUCUCAUCCGUGUUGAGUUUAUUGUUGGGUCUGGUGUGAGAAAGUGGUCCAGGUUCAUUCUUCUGCAAGUCGAUGUCCAGUUUUCCCAGCACCGUUUGCUGAAGAGACUGUCUCUAUUCCAUUGGAUGUUCUUUCCCGCUUUGUCAAGGGUGAGUUGGCCAUACGUUUGCGGCUCCAUUCUGGGUUCUGUAUUCUGUUCCGUUGCUCUGAGUGUGUGUUUUGUGCCACCCGAUGCCAUUUGCUGCUACUGCUGUCCUCCGUCUUGCUCCUGACUUUCACGGGAAGCGUAACUGCCAGGCUGUCCCGGGUGUGUACUGUGUGGUCGGUGCCGUGCCGCCUCCCGUGACUCCGUCCACGUCCCCUCCGCAGCCCGAGGCAGUGCUGGUGUUCUCACAGCACCUGACGGGCAGAGACGGGGGUCCAGAGCGGGCGAGUCACUGUCCACCGCCACGCGGCUGGAAGCGCCAUUCCCGCCACCUGGACCUGGUCGCCGGAUCCCUCUUUGCCUGCCUCCUCGCCACUGUCUGUCUAGUCUCUCACCUCUACCUGCUGCAGCUCCCGUGUGGCGCGGGCCGUUGUCCCGGCCACCGCCGGGUCUGUGUCAGACCCUCCCUCUUCAGCUCCAGGCACAGGACGGGAAAGACCACCAGCAGCGCGCGCGCACACACACACACACACACACACACACACACACACUACUGGACAUAUGGACACAAGCAUUUGAAUGUAAUAAAGGGACCAUCCCGCAGAUUGGAAAUGAAGACAUCUCAACUGCGAAAGGCAGUGGUAACUGGGAGCCGUGUGCGUCUCCCAGCGAGUGGGGCCUGGAAGGUUUCCAGCCUCUUGCCUGCACUUGUGGCCGGAGGCCAGCUGCCCACCAUGCCCGGGGCCGCAGCUCAGCACCCGGGGGUCCAGGAGGCACCCCACACGGUGCGCGGCCCAGAGCGAGCGGGUCAGGGCCAAGCGUGCCCCCCGGGAGGACCCACGGGGACCACGGGAACCAUCGUGGCCGGGCUUCUCCGCCGGAGCCCAGGGGCAGCGAGGCCCCGCAGGUGCGCGGUCCCUGCACCUGCCUCCCCCUCCUGCCGCCCACUCCCGAGGACGCUCACCACCUCCGCGCGGGCUACAAGCUUUUCUCUAUCCUCCCUCGAUCUCUCUCUGGCGAACGUCAUCACUUAGUACUUGUUGACUUGUUUGGAUUAUGGUAGCGUCUGUAGUUCAGGGUAGUAUGCAUAGCGUAAACUUAGAAAAUCUAGAAUAUGUAAAAGAUUAAAACUCCGCACGUUCGCCACCCGGAGAAACAUAGUUAACAUUUCUAUAUAUUCCCUCCUAGCCUUUUUUCACUUGCACACACACACUCGAGCACAGGCACACACACGAGCACGUACAGGCACGUAUGCAUCCGCUCUUACAAAUGUGGGUUGUUAAAGGUAAACCUUAGAAUGAAACAAAAUUGCGUUAGAAUUCUUAUAAGAAUUUAAUUAAUCCUAUAAACGUCUUUGGGAAAAAAAAUGCACAUCACUGUGAUGCUCACUCAUCCAUUCUGGGAACAGAUUACAGUCCUCCAUUCAUUUACAUCCUAUUUUCGGUCCCAUAUGAAGUUUGUAUUUUUAUCCACAUUGGUGCCAUUUUUUUUUUCUUUUUUUUUGUAAACGUAUUUGAGAGGGAGAGAGAGUGUGCGCGCCAGGAGGGGAGGGACCGAGAGAGAGGAGAGAGAGAAUCCCAAGGAGGUUCUGGGCUCUCCGUGCAGAGCCUGACCUGGGGCUCAAGCUCGCCAACCCUGAGAUCGACCCUCAGAUCGUGAUCUGAGACGAAACCAAGAGUUCGACGUUUAACCAGCCGAGUCACCUGAUGCCCCCACAUGGGUGCCAUUUUUAAAACAGGUGCCAUUUUUUUCUUAUCGCCAAUGACACACAUUUCUUUUUUCUCCCCGAUGGGUUUUGCACGGGCUGUAUUAGAGAGACUGAUGCUGCAUUAUUUUUUAUGCUGCCAUUGUAUGAUAUCUUAAUUUUUUUUUAACAAGUUUUAAAGUUGAUCCUCUUGGAUUUUCGUAUAAUCUUAUCCCCGGCAAAUAAGAGUAUUAUCCACGACUUUCUAACAUUGCGUAGCUUUGUCUUCUUCCCCUGCUGCACGAACAAAGGCCGGGAGGAGACCCUUCACAUGCCUGUCCUCCCGCUGGGAAAUUCCCACUGAGAGGGGCAGAGCCUGAAACCACAAGAUUAAACUGGUCCCCGACGGUUGUCUGGCUGGCAGACCCCACGGUGUGGCUUGCCCAGGCCCUGGCAUCCAGUGCCAUCUGGCUUGUCGCUGGUCUUCACCAGGAGCCAUUGGAAACCCAUCACUGUCCCGUGGGGCUGGUUCUCGGGCAGCGUGGCUGCUCCCCCUUUUCCCCUACCCCAGCCUCUGCUCCUGAGAUCUCCCCACCCCAGUGGGCAGGCUCCUGGGGGCAGGAAGCAGCUUGUGACCCUAACUAUCUCCCACAGCCUCCCUGAACCCCCAGGUGACCGAUCGACCCCCGCAUCACAAACGGCUCUGUGGACUUGACCCUGGUACCUCUGUCAGGCGUCCUUCCCUAGGCUCCAUGGCUUCUGGGUGUAGCUGUGGAGACUUCUGGAUUCCAAACAGCAGUGUGUCCCUAGAAACCUGUUGGUCACACCCCAAGUGCCACAAUCAAACUGAUCAAAACUGCCAGCCCUCUCAGGUGAUAGAUCAGCAUUUUCUUUUUCUUUAAAAAAAAAGUAUUUUUCACGUUUAUUUAGUUUUGGGAGAGAGAGACAGACAGACAGAGUGCGAGUGGGGAAGGGACGGAGGGGGAGACCCAGAUCUGAAGCAGGUUCCAGGCUCCGAGCUGUCAGCACAGAGCCCGGGACUUAGACUCACGAACUGUGAGAUCAUGACCUGAGCCGGAGCUGGACGCUCAAUGGACUGAGCCCCCCAGGCGCCCCAGAUCAGCAUUUUCAAUGAUGGGAAAGGCUCGUGUGAUUUGCCCGUGAGUCUCCAAUGGCCACCCGGGGCUCAGGACAUCUGCUACGGCCUCCACCUGUAGGGAAAAGCCAUUAAUGGCUGAGGCAGGGCAUUGAGCUGGGCUUUUCCUCUUGCAGCUAAAACUCACACACGAGAAAAAAAGGCAGUGAAUAAACUAUAUAUUCUGGAUUCAGACGGCUGCUGACAAGCCUUGAGCGCCCACGCCCGAAGGGAUUACACGUGCCCUUCCUUCUACCAGGACCAGAAGCUUGCGCAGCCUGGCUGGUUCUUCACCAAACUUGGUUUCUCUUCUUCCUGCACCAAAAGCUCCCUUUCCCACUGGGUGGGAAGCGUCUUCCACGCUCCCUCUCCUUCUGCCAGUUUGACCAGGGCCCAUGGUCAAGGCGCCCUUGGAAACCGAGUAGUGCCAUGGGCGGUAGCAUCCAAUGGAGGGAGCCCGGGCCCGAGUCACUGUUUGGGGGAGGGCCGCCCGGAUCGCCACAGGAUGUGGCGAAGAAGAAAGCGUGCAUCGGAGCAGUGACUGUGACUGCCACCCCCUCCCUGGGGGCAUCACCAGCAGAGGUGGGCAGAUGGGAGCGGAGUCAGGUGGCCAGGGUGGAGUGAGCAUGCCUUCUUCCCCUGAGUGGCCCCAACAUGGGGGUCAUUGUGGCCUGGCGAGGCCGAGUGAGGUCCAGUCAAGAGAAGGCCUCGCCAGGCCUCCACCAGGCCUCCAGAGAGCUCUAGCCAGCCCCACGGAGAAGGAAGGGGACAAGGUCCCAAACUGUGUCUGAGCUGAACAUUCUUUAGAAACAAACAGAGCCCAGUCUUAACCACCAAGAGACUGUUCUGCAGACAAAAAUGACAAGAAAAUCUUGGAAGCAGGGGGGGUCCGGCAGAUCCCACUCAGAUCAGGGGUUGGGAAGAAAUGAAAUUGUUUCUGUUUAUAUUCCUAACAAGUUGAGACUCUUCGAUAAACCAGUUACACGUAAUUUACUUACGUUAUGAAAAAAAAAAAAACCCUCAUAAAGCUAUAAAAUAAGAAAAUAGGAAAAGCAGAGAAAAACACUGGUAUUCUCAAUCCUAAAGGAGGUUUGAGGACACGAAAAUCACCAAGUCAGAGUGAUGCUGCCCCGAGCAUUUCAGCUGCCUGGAGUGGUUUAGAAGAACCUUCGGAAUCUGAAUAAGAAAAACAAACACAAUAGCCCAUUGACUGUGUACCUGCUGUAUGCCAGGUGCUGUUCUAGAAGCUGAAGAGGUAACGGUAAGACAGAGGCACUGUCCCAUUGGAAUACUCAUUCUUAUGAGAGAAGAAUAAUAAAGCCACCUGCUUAUCAUAUUAGGGAAGGAGGGUAGAUGUGGUCUCUCCCAGUGGAGAAUCUCUCCAUAUGGUCUCUCCAUAUCCGAGUGGAGGCCCAAGGAAGGUGAAGGGGGCUCAGACUCAAACUUGGUCGAGGAAUCAAAGAGGAAAAGUUAUUAAAAUCAGUGUUUAGUCUUUAUUUUAAUGUUUAUUAAUUUUUGAGAGAGAGAGAGAAUGCCAAGCAGGUCCUUACUAGAGGACCAACACGGGGGUAGAACUCACUAACCUUGAGACCAUGAUCUGAGCCAAAGUUGGACUCUCAACCGACUGAGCCGCCCGGGUGCCCCUAAAAUCUGUGUUUAGUCCUAAGAUCAAUAGCAUCUUAGACUCAAGGAAAUAGUUGUUAUUUUUUUUCCAGGUUGGGGAUUACACUGAAUAUACAAUUUUGUGUCCUUCAUAAAAUUGACCUCAUAUGAUGCAUGUUUUAUCAUGUUGUUAAAAAUGUUAUUUGCAGCUAAGCUAAGGAUUUCAUAAUGUUUCAUUACAUGGAGGUAUGUAACUUUCAUAGCUAUUCUUCCCUGGCUUGUGAUAUAUAUUCAUUUUUUUAAAAAUUGAGAUAUAAAUUUACGUGCAGUGAUACAGAUAGAAUUUACAUACAGAACCUAAAUUCAUUCUUUGAUAUGUUUUGACAAAUGUCUCUCCCAUAUAACCACCACCAAAAUCAAGACGGAGAAUUUCCAUCACUCCAGAGAGUUCCCCGUGCCUUCUCCCAGAUGGUCUCUUCUCAUCUCUGCCACCGCUCUUUCAAUUUCUGCGCCCACGGAUUGGCUUGGACUGUUCUGCAACUUAAUAUACACAUGGACUCCUAGAGCGUGCGCUCUUUUGUAUCCAGGCUUCUUCUGCUCGUCACGUUGUAUUUGAGAUUCAUCCAUGUUGGCAUCAUACGUUAGUGGUUCAUUCUUGCUUAUUGCUGAUUAGUGCUCCAUUCUACGGGUAGACCAUGUUCAUGGACAUCUAGGCCAUUUCCAGGUUGAGCAAACAUGAAUGAAGUUGCUGUGAGCAGUUCCUUAGAAGUCUUUUUGUGCACCUGUGCUUCCAUUUCUCUUGGGUAAAUACCCAGGAGCUGAAUCGCUGGGUCAUAGGUGAGGUGUAUCAAGUAUAAGAAACGGCCAGCCUUUCUGUUGGUGUUAGCUGUGUAUGAGAGUUCAUGACGAUGUACCUUUCUGUCUUCGCUUCGUACUGCCACUCAUUUCUAAUCUCAGCCUUUCUGGUGGGCGUUUAAUCGCAUCUCAUAAUGGCUUUAGUUUGCAUUUCCUUGAUUUCUAAUGAUGCUAAGCAUUUUUUUUUUGGUACCAGCCAUUGGUAUAUCUUCCUUUCCCCCCAACAUUUUAUGAAAAAUUCCCAACAUACAUAGAAGUUGGGAAAAAAAACUGUGUAGUAAACAUCCAUGUGUCCACCAACUAGAUUCUAUCAGUAACAUUUUGCUACAUUUCCUGUAUCGCAUAUCCAUCCAUCCAUCCUUCUCCCCAUCCUUGAUAGAUCUCUUGAAUGUGUAGCAAAGUAGGUUAAAGAUAUGAGUACACUUCACUCCAAAGGACCUGAGAAUGCAUGUCACCAACUAGACUUCAGUAUCUGUUUACAGUUCUUUGCUUCUGGGGGGUUAAUUCACAGACAAUGAAAGCAUCGGUCUUAGGUCCACGGUUUAGCGGGUUUUGAAAAAUGCACACACAGCUGUCAGCCAAGCCCCUAUCAAGAUACAGAACAUCACCAGCCAGAAAUUUCCCUAGUGCUCUACCCACCCCACCCCAACCCCAGUUCAAAAAACUUGUCA